AUGAUGUUACAAAGAUGUUGUAAUCGAAGUAUAGGGCAGGUACCGAACCUUUUGCGGGCACUUGCUUUGGCUCCCGUGCAGCAGCAUAGAUGUUAUGCUGAUGGUCCUGGGAAGCCCAAGGUUAAUCGAUUUGCAGCGAAGUAUCUGAAUUCACCCCCAGCUGGCAGGCUGAACGGGCAGAACAACCAGGAUAGACCUCGUUACAAUCCACCAGCACAAUCGAGGCCACCAAGAAACAACCAGUCCAACGGUCCAUCCAGGUCUCAGUCCAACACUCAGUCCAGACCUCAGUCCAACACUCAGUCUAACACUCAGUCCAGACCCCAGUCCAACCCUCAAUCCAAUCGUCAUGACCAUACGCAAACGCAACCGGCAAGACAUUCCCAACCACAGAAACCAGUCAAGAAGAAAAUCGUCAAAAUCCGGAUCCCCCCUUAUAUAACCAUCGCCAAUCUUGCCUCCGUCAUGAACGUGCGACUCAAUGACGUGUUCAAGAAGUUGACUUUGUUAGGGUAUGAAGACGUGCGUCAUGACUAUAUCUUGGACAAAGAGAACGCGGCCAUGAUUGCAGACGAAUACGGGAUCGAAGUCAUUGCCUCGGAGGGAUCCGAUAGCGAUGAUCUUUUCUCAGCACCCAUCAAAGAGGAGUUCUUGAAGGAAAGACCACCGGUGGUGACGAUCAUGGGUCACGUUGAUCAUGGAAAGACUACGAUUUUGGACUAUUUGAGAAAGUCAAGUAUCGUGGAUACCGAGUUUGGUGGAAUUACCCAACGUAUCGGGGCAUUUUCCGUGACUACUCCAGUCUCUAAUAAGAGAAUCACAUUCUUGGAUACUCCUGGGCAUGCGGCUUUUUUGAAGAUGCGUGAGCGUGGUGCUAUCGUUACUGAUAUUGUGAUUUUAGUCGUGGCCGCUGAUGAUUCAGUCAUGCCGCAAACUAUUGAAGCCAUUAAGCAUGCUAAGAAGUCAGGAGUGCCCAUUAUUGUUGCCAUUAACAAGUGUGACAAACGUGAUGUUAAUGUUGACAGAGUGUUGGCUGAUGUUUCUGCUCAAGGAGUAGAUAUUGAAGAUUACGGUGGAGAUACCCAAACGGUUAAAGUUUCCGGAAAGACAGGUCUCAAUAUGGACAAGUUGGAAGAAGCCGUGAUUACCUUGAGUGAAUUGAGUGAGUUCAAGAGUGAAGAAAAAGGUGUUCCUGCUGAAGGAUGGGUAAUUGAAUCUGAAGUUGCCAAGGGCUUGGGAAAUGUGGCCACUGUGUUGGUUCGUCGGGGUACUCUUAAAACCGGUGAUAUAAUCGUUGCUGGUAACACGUAUUGUAAGAUUAGAGGAAUGAAGAAUGAAUAUGGUAAGCCAGUCAAGACUGCGGGUCCAUCUACUCCGGUGCAAAUCUUUGGAUGGAAGGAGUUACCCGAUAGUGGAGAACAAGUUUUGCAAGCUAAAUCGGAAAGUAUUGCCAAGAAGGUUAUCGAUUAUCGUGAAUCGAGAGCCAAGGAAAUCCAGGCUGAACGUGAAGUGGAAGAGAUCAACAUCAAGAGACAAGAAGCUAUCAAGGAGUCUGCCAGGUUAGAACAAAUAGAAAAGUUGAAAUUGGCUGGAUUGGACUACAGUGAAUUGGAGAAUGAGGGAGGUGAAUCUAAGACCAAGAUUUGUAACUAUAUCGUCAAAUCCGACUUUUUCGGUUCGGCCGAAGCAAUUACUGAAAGUUUGGAUGGAUUGGGUAACGAUGAAGUGCAAGCCAAGGUUAUCUUCCAUGAGGCUGGAGCACCAACCGAUUCCGAUGUUGAACUUGCCAAAACUGCAGAUGCCACUAUUAUCUCAUUCAAUGUUAAAGUUCCAAAGCAAGUGUCCACCAAGGCCGAUGCUGCCAAGGUUGCUAUCAAGGAACACAACAUUAUUUAUCGAUUGAUUGAAGAGGUGACUGAAGAAUUGUGUCUGCACUUGGCACCAAGAAUCGAGUAUAAGUAUCAUGCAGAAGCUAAGGUUCUUAAGGUGUUUAAGUUCAGUGGUAAGGCCAAGAAGCUUGUUACUGCUGGGUGUAGAGUCACCUCGGGAGAGUUCAAGCGUAAUUGUCUGGUUAAAGUGUUUAGAGGCAAGGAAGAGGUUUAUGAUGGGCAGUUGAGUUCAUUGAAGCACGAGAAGGAUGAUGUUGCUUCGGUCAAAAAUGGGUCUGAAUGUGGAUUGACAUUCGAAGACUGGAACGACUUUAAAGAAGGCGAUGUUGUGAAGUAUUAUGAAAGAAUUGAACAUAAACGAUACUUGUAA